GUGAUCCAGUUUGUGCCAACCUUUUUUCAUUUGAUAUUCUGUAUCUUUUCCAUGUUGUGUAUUUCAUAUUGAAAUAGUUGCAUUUGGCAGUAUUUUUACUUUUUCUUUCUUUCAACACUUGCACCAUACCCCCCACACACAGGAGCAGUCACUUGGAAAAAAGAUAGGUUUUAUAUAUCCAGUGGGGUUAUAUAUGUUUCCCCUCCUGACUAUAGGGCAAUUGAGUUGGUAGCAGGUCAAUUAUAGUAUUGCAUGGCAUGAUACAAUAUAGUGAAUGAUAGUGGGAAGUGAGGGCAAGCCUUGGGGAAUGAAAAUGCUGUUAUUAUGGGUAAAUGUAGGCAUGUUGCUUUUUCUCAGUAUGCCUGUAGAGAAUGUCCUCGCCAUACUCUGCUGAUUGCAAAGGCUCCAUUCAUAAUUCUGCUGAAUAGAAGCUUGUCACUUGGUAAUGAGUUGUUCUUCAGGCACAGAAGGGGAAGCCUAGCUCAGUGAUUUGAUAGACAGCUCUUGAAGAGGUGCACUUUCAUUUUCGGCUGGGGAUGUGAAAAAGUGAGGUGGCCGUUGAGUUGAGUGCACAUGCCAGUCCUCAGGGCUUGCUGGAUUUGCAUGGUAGAGACGGUGAUGUGUCUGUGGCUGAAGCACGUUGUGUGAGAGGGUUGGUGAGGCAGUGGCCCCCCGCCCCCUGUCACAUAGCUGCUUAGCCCCCUCCCCUCCUUUGCUUUUGAGUGCACAUGCAAGGACCCUGAGGAGGCUGUGAAGAGAAUUCCCCAAAGCAUUUAUUCCAUUGUUUAGAGCAGCCUGUCAAGCACUUUCUAUUUCUCUGACACUCUCUUCCUCCGCCACAUCUUCUUUCCUGAGCAGAGAGCGAGAGCUCUGACAAAUAAAGGGUAAAGGAAAGCCUACAGAACCGUAUAGGACUCCCCUAACAUGCUCUCUGCUGGAGGGAGAAAGGAGGGAACCUGUCAGCCUGCAGAAAUCCAAUUGCCUCUCCGAAUCUGUUCACUUUGCUAGGAACCUCUCAAUGGCUUGGGCAGACUGACGACUGACUCUUUCCUGUAUAUCCGCAAAGGGGGCACAAAGUCUUUACAAGAUCCUUGUCCUGGAAGGCUUUUGGUAAGGGGCAAGUGAAUUCACAGAGGAGUCAAAAAGAAUAGAACGGUAGGGUCCAGGCACAGAGUAUGUGGAGAAUUGCUGCAGGUGAUAUCCCGACUACCUACACAGAAUCUUGCCAGCGUAUGCACAGCUUAUCCUGAUGUCGCCGGCCGCUCGCCCCUGGAUGUGACUCUGCCAUCCCUCCCCCAUUCCACUUUGCCUCUCGCCCUUUCUUCCUUUUAUUGUUAAUGUCUGCCUGGCUGAUGAAUGGGUGAUCUUUUCUCGCAAGGAUCAGCAUUUGAUGAGCCCCAGGAGCCUGAACUCCCUUUCCCCCCCAAAUCCAAAGACUGAACUGAAAGGUGGUUGUUAAGUCGCUUGAGAAGACCACUGAAGAAUGCGGUGACGAAACUGUGUGUACUGUGGUAAAAGAAGUGGGGGGUGAUUUGGAGAGAAGGGAUGGGCAGCUCUGCCUAUGUAAUGAGAGGGAGCAGGCAAGCAGGAGUACAAGAAAAGUAGAAGUGUGUCAAAAGGGAUGUCACUUGUGUAUUGUACUGCCUGGGAGUCAUUCAGAAGGAAGAAAGAGAAGUAGUAUUGACAAGGAACUGUCACACUAAAAAAGGAAUUAAAGGGGCAUGCUUGUGUGAGAAUGGAGAAGCAGUACCCCUUGUGCUAUUGUGGUUAGAUUCCAAAGAAGAAGAGAAAUCACUUCUUCGGUCUCCAGCCAAUAUAUAAAGACCUUUUUAUUAUUUCACUUCUCUGCUUGGAAUGGAUUUUUACAUUUGGUGCCGUGAGAUUUUGCAAUGCAUAUUUUUUUUUUACAAAAUAAAUUAUUUUAGCAUUUGAAGCUUUCUGGCUGUUUUGGAAGAAAUUUUUGCAUCUCCAAAUUUUUUUUUUUCAGAAAUAUGUUCUAGAUGACUCGGAUAGUGUUUUCUUAGGAUGUAUCUGCCUGUGGAUCUGCACAAAUACAUUCCAUCGGCCUUUUGGGAUGGGCCCGAUGAACUUUAGAAAAGCCAGCUUGAUUUUUAAGCAUUUACAACUUACACUUGGCGAGCAGCAGGAGAAACAACAAUCCUCUUGAUCUCUGGUGGCCUUUCUUUACUUUGACCUCAGUCGUUGGAGUACAAUGGUGUCAUAAGUGGGAGAAGACUUUUGAGCUGAAACCAUUAAGGAUAUUUACAUGUUUAUUUUGCCACAAGUGGGAAAGAUUUAAUUGUUGAGAUGGGGUUUAAAGCUGGAUAAGAGUGCAUUUAGGCUGACACCCCAAAGAGCUUUUAGCCAUGACUGGCUGCCACUACCCUGCUCCAGGUUUGGAGAGGGACCGGAUCUAUCAACAUAAAGUCUCGCUGGUUGUACGUUACUUCAUGAUCCCUUGCAACAUAUGCCUGAUCCUGCUUGCCACCUCCACGCUUGGAUUUGCCGUUCUUCUGUUCCUGAAUAACUAUAAGCCUGGCCAUGUCCCUAUUGCUCAGCCAACUCUACAGGAUGUGUGCCGAGGAAUGCUCUGUGGAUUUGGCGCAGUAUGUGAAAAGAGCAGCACGGACCCCUCUCAAGCAGCGUGCAUCUGCAAGAAAACCGCCUGCCCCUCCAUUGUCGCCCCUGUGUGUGGUUCCGACUAUUCUACUUACAGCAACGAGUGUGAACUGGAGAGAGCCCAGUGCAACCAGCAGAGGAGAAUCAAAGUCAUCAGCAAGGGGCCAUGCGGUACCAAGGACCCAUGCUCAACAGUGUCUUGUAGCUAUGGCAGUACCUGUGUCCGCUCAACAGAUGGCCAGACAGCAAAGUGUAUUUGUCCUGCCACCUGCAUAGGGGUCCCAGAAAAUGUUGUUUGCGGCAGUGAUGGCAAAGACUACAACAAUGAGUGUCUUCUUAACAAACAGGCUUGCGACAAUCAGGAAAAUCUUUACAAGAAGUUCGAUGGGCCUUGCGAUCCAUGCAGAAUCACCUUGAAUAAUCUCAACAAAGCAUGUCGAGUAAACCCACGCAGUCGGCAACUGGACUUGCAAUACCGGCCAGAGUACUGCCCAGUGCGCAGAGAUCCCAUUUGUGCAGAUGAUGGUGUGACUUACGACAAUGAUUGUGUAAUGACCCGAUCUGGAUUCAUCCGUGGCAUUGAUCUACAGAAGGUGCACUCGGGCCAGUGCCAGCCUCAAGACAAAUGCAAGGAAGACUGUAAGCACAAUUCUGUAUGCCUUAACCACCGAGUUGUGUCCCGUUGUUCUUGCGAUCGUGUUACUUGCGAUGGUACUUACAAACCAGUCUGCGGGGGGGACAGUCGCACAUACGCCAAUGACUGCGAGAGACAAAAGGCAGAGUGCUUUCAGAAAACUUCCAUCCCAGUAAAACACAAAGGCCCUUGUGAUCUCCAUUCCCCCAGCCCGUGCCUGAACACAACAUGCAGUUUUGGAGCAGCAUGUGUAGUAAAAAACAAGAAGGCAGUAUGCGAAUGCCAGCAGGUGUGCCAGGCAGUGUAUGACCCAGUGUGUGGCAGUGAUAAGCGCACUUACGGCAACCCAUGUGAGCUGCAGUCAACAGCCUGCACACUUAAAAAAGAAAUAACCAUUUUACACAAAGGGCCUUGCGACCGCUGUGGGAAAUGCCAGUUUGGAGCCAUCUGUGAAGCAGAGACAGGCCGUUGUGUAUGUCCAACAGAAUGUGUGCCUUCGGCGCAGCCCGUGUGUGGCACUGAUGGAAAUACAUAUGAGAGCGAAUGUGAGCUCCAUGUACGAGCAUGCACUCAGCAGAUUAAUCUACAGGUAGCAGCGCAAGGAGACUGCAAAACCUGUGGCAAUACUCUUUGUAUCUUUGGGGCAAAAUGUGUGAACAACCAGUGCGUGUGCCCAUCUUGCGAACGACAACCCUACCUUCCUGUGUGUGGCAGCAAUGGCGUCACCUAUGAUAACCAAUGUGAAGUGAAAGCUGCAUCGUGUAAGCAGAUGAAAUGGAUUGAAGUAUCUCGAGCAGGAUCUUGUGACGAUGAAUGUGGCUCUGGCACUGAUGGUUCUGGUUCCGGGGAGGACAGUGAGUGUGAGCAAGAUCGAUGCAGACGCUAUGGAGGCUCAUGGGAUGAAGAUGCAGAGGACGAUCGCUGUGUCUGUGACUUUACCUGUCAUGCUGUGCUGCGAAACAUGGUCUGUGGAUCGGAUGGCAUUACAUACUCUAAUGAGUGUGAGCUAAAGAAAACUCGAUGUGAGAGACGUCAGGACCUGUAUGUGGCUGGACAGGGUCCCUGUCGAGCUGCCACCACCACCAGCUCUCCUCCUUUGGUGCCACACUGUAGUCACACCGUAUAUGGCUGCUGUCCUGACAAUAUCACGGCUGCCCUUGGUGUUGGCCUGGCCGGAUGCCCAAGCAGCUGUCAGUGUCACCAGUAUGGCUCUUAUGGAGGAACCUGUGAUCCCACCACUGGUCAGUGUUCUUGUAAACCUGGUGUAGGAGGACUGAAGUGCGACCGAUGUGAGCCCGGGUUCUGGAACUUCCGCGGCAUUGUUACUGAUAAGAAGAGCGGCUGCACUCCAUGUAACUGUGACCCAGUCGGUGCCGUUCGAGAUGACUGUGAACAGAUGACAGGACUUUGUUCUUGCAAAACUGGAAUCUCCGGUCUAAAGUGCAGCCAGUGCCCUGAUGGACGCAAGCCUGGCCUUACAGGCUGUGAGAAAGAUCCUUCGGCUCCUAGAUCUUGUGAUGCCAUCAAAUGCCAGUUUGGUGCAACUUGUGUGAUAAUUGGAGGAUUUGCUCACUGUGAGUGCCCAUCUCCCCUGUGCGCUGAGGCUAAUUUGACAAAGGUCUGUGGUUCUGAUGGCGUGACUUACGGAGACUGGUGCCAGUUGAAAACCAUUGCCUGCCGUCAGGGCCGUACUAUCACAGUUAAACACACUGGACCGUGCCAAGAAACUGUUACUCAUGCCAACCUUCAGACACUAAGUCCGACAGGAACACCCUCUCCUCCCGUUGUUCGGACUCUACCAACUCCAGUAAACACAAAGAUAGCAAAGGCCAAGAAAAAGACAGAUUCCUUCCAGCUAGUCUUAGAAGCCACAUCACUUAGUCCACUUUCUAGCAGCACUAUGAGACCAGUUACUCAAACGAAUAAAGCUUAUACUUCUACCAUUAGGCCAGCUGUCACCAUUCCCACAGUCCACCCUACUAUAUAUCAGAGUUAUGAUGAAUCAGGAAGUGGCAGUGGGGAUGAGGAGCUAGAAACUAGCGGUGAUCAAGAUUUAAGCGGCGUUGAACCCAAAGAGCCAUUUGAUGUGGAGAAUGAACAGCAGGAAGAAGCUGAAGAGAAGAGAGACUUUGUAACCACCACAGUCAUAGAAAGAGCCAGCUGCUACAACACACCUCUAGGAUGCUGCUCCGAUGGAAAGACCCCAGCUAAUGAUGCAGAAGGAACAAAUUGCCCAAAAACAAAAAUUUUUCAAGGUGUCCUUAUUAUUGAAGAGUUGGAGGGACAAGAGGUGUUCUACACACCAGAGAUGUCAGAUUACAAGUCUGAGCUUUUUGGAGAAACUGCCAGAAGCAUUGAGAAUGCUCUGGACAAUCUACUUCGUGAUUCAGACGUCAAGAGGGAUUUCAAGAGCAUCCGUGUGAGGGACCUUGGACCAAGCAAUUCCAUCAGGACCAUUGUGGAAGCACAUUUUGAUCCAGCUACCACAAUGUCUGCCAUGGAUGUGCAGAGAGCAUUGCUGCGACAGCUCAAGAGCUCCAAGAAUAAAGCAAUAUCUAUAAAGAAGCCCAUUCAGGAUAAUGUCAAGUUUCUGGAUUUUGGUGAGAUCCCUGACUGGGUGCCUCUUAUGGUUACAACAACAACUAUAACAGCAGCAACCACUGGUAUGGUAGCUACGACGGCAACUGCCACUACCACAACACCUGUAGUCAGUACCGCAAGAACCGUGGCAACAACUCCACCACCCAGAAGAAUAGUUGCAGUCAAGACCACCCUAGAGCCAGUUGUUCAGCAAACUACUCCAAGAAUGACAACAAGGCGACCAGUGACUACAAAAAGACCAAUGACCACUAUUCCUGCCACCACCAGGAGAAAACCACCACGUAUUCCAACCAAGAAGCCUCCACGGCCAUGCGAAUCACACCCUUGUCUACAUGGAGGUACCUGUGAGGACAAUGGGAAAGAUUUCACAUGUAGCUGCCCAGCUGGCAGAGGAGGAGCUGUGUGCGAGAAAAGUAUUAAAUAUUUUAUUCCUGGUUUUGGGGGCAAGUCAUACCUGGCAUUCAAGAUGAUGAAGGCAUAUCAUACAGUGCGCAUUGCCAUGGAGUUCAGAUCCUCUGAGCAGAACGGACUUCUCCUAUAUAAUGGUCAGUCACUCGGAAAGGACUUCAUCUCUCUUGCAGUUAUUAAUGGCUUUGUAGAACUCAGGUUUAAUACUGGAUCUGGAACUGGAAAAAUAACCAGUAAAGUGCCCAUUGAACCCGGCAAGUGGCAUCAAUUAGUAGUGACCCGUAACAGGCGCAGUGGCAUGUUGUCUGUAGAUGGUGAAUCUCAUGUCAAUGGCGAAAGCCCGACUGGAACUGAUGGCCUCAACCUAGACACGGAUCUCUUUAUAGGAGGAGCUCCUGAGGAUCAGAUGUCUGUGGUAUCAGAAAGGACCUCUGUGUCUGUUGGUCUUAAAGGCUGCAUCCGUCAACUAGAUGUGAACAACCAACUAUACAACCUACAAGAAGGUGGAGCUGAUGUCUUAUAUGGAAGUGGGGUGGGAGAGUGUGGUAACAACCCCUGCCAACCUAACCCAUGUCACAAUGGUGCUGUAUGCCAAGUGAAGGAGGCAGAAAUGUUCCACUGCCAGUGUUUCAGUGGUUAUACAGGGCCCACCUGUGCAGAUGAGCGCAACCCAUGUGACCCGAACCCCUGCCAUGCUUCUGCUACCUGUCUAGUUUUACCUGAGGGUGGUGCCAAAUGUGAAUGCCCAAUGGGCAGAGAGGGAGAGUUCUGUGAGAAAGUUAGCAACCAGGAUCUGAAUUUGCCUUUCUUACCUCAGUUUAAUGGAUACUCUUACUUGGAACUGAAGGGACUGCAGGCAUUUGCCACUGACCUACAGGACAAGCUUGCCAUGGAAGUAGUGUUCCUAGCCAGCAGCCCCAAUGGUCUCAUCUUCUAUAAUGGGCAGAAAACUGAUGGAAAGGGAGAUUUUGUGUCAUUGUCCCUUCACGAUGGCAAUCUAGAAUACCGUUAUGAUCUCGGAAAGGGAGCUGCUGUGAUCAAGAGCAAAGAAAAGAUUCCCCUGAACACAUGGGUCAGCGUCUCCAUUGAGCGAAGCGGCAGGAAGGGAUUGAUGCGGAUCAAUAACAUGGAACAAGUCACUGGGGAAUCACCGAAAUCCCGUAAGGCACCCCAUACUGCUCUCAAUCUGAAAGAGCCUCUAUAUGUGGGCGGAGCUCCAGAUUUCAACAAAUUAGCCAGGGCGGCUGCUGCCUCAUCAAGCUUUGUAGGAGCCAUUCAGAAGAUUUCCAUUAAGGGACUGCCUGUUCUGAGAGAAGAAAACAUCCGCAGUGCUAUUGAGAUCUCUGCUUUCCACGGCCAUCCUUGUACCCAGAAACCCUUCCCUUGCCAGAAUGGGGGGCUUUGUUCUCCUAAUAAAGGAGACUAUGAAUGUGUUUGCCAGAGGGGUUUCUCAGGUGGUCAGUGUGAGAAAGUGACCAUUGAGAAAGCAGCAGGAGAAUCUGAGGCAGUAUCAUUUGAUGGCAAGACUUACUUGGAAUAUCAUAUUGCUGUAACCAAAAGAACUGGCCCUGUGGACAAUCCAGAAGAUCGCAGUGAGAAGGCGCUGCUGGUCAACCAAUUUGAGCUGAGUAUCAAGACCGAAGCCACUCAGGGUCUCAUCCUUUGGAGUGGAAAAGGGACAGAACGUGCCUAUUAUAUUUCCUUGGCUGUGGUUGGAGGGUAUGUCCAGAUGACUUAUGAUCUGGGCUCCAAACCUGUUGUCCUGCAAUCCACAGUACGCGUGAACACCAAUGAGUGGAUCCGCAUUAAAGCUGUACGAAACAACCGAGAUGGCUUUUUGCAUGUUGGCAAUGAGGCCCCUGUCCAUGGAUCCUCUCCUCUUGGAGUCAAAGAACUGGAGACUGAUGGAGCCCUGUGGCUGGGUGGAAUAGAGAAGCUGAGUAUGUCGUACAAGCUGCCCAAAGCUUACAGCACGGGUUUCAUUGGCUGCAUGAAGGACGUUCUAGUGGACCAACAAGAGCUGCACUUAGAGGAAGAUGCAUUGAAUAAACCGCCCAUAUUAUACUGCGCAGCCAAAUAAUCGGGGACCCAUUACUUUUUCCUUCUCGCCUACCCCCCUUUCCCUCCUCUCCCCGCCCAAUCACUGCUGUAAUUAUUUUCUAUUUUUGUAAACUUAUUGCUUUUUAUAUUUUGUGUGUGGGGGGAGGAAGGAGAAGGCAGUAUGUGUGUGCUUGCGUGUGAGUGCUUCCGUCAUGCAACCAGACCAAAAUCUCAUCUAUUGUAUUAUGGAUACAAAGGCAUUUACAUAACAUGACGCCAUCCACAGGUACUGUCCAAUGGGGAAUGCAAAUCAGGGAUUAUCAGACAUUUAUUGCAGACGUUUUAUUGAAAUAGGUAGCGGCAUCUUUGCCCUCCUGCGGUUGCACCUUCUAUGUUGUGUGUGUGUGUGAGUGCAUGUGGUUUAUUCCUCGGCCUUUCUGACAUGGUAUGUUGAGCCUAGGCCAUGCACUUCAAUAUAUGUUCCUCAGACUGGAUAGGAAGCUCUGCUGCCGACUGCUUUGCAUGUUGGAGAUCUGUUGGCUGUGCAAAGAGGAGGAGAUAGGGAUCAUGUUUUUUAAAUUGUGGCCUUGUUCUAAUGAGCUUCUGUACUGGAUCUUCCAAAGCCAUGUCCAUUAGCCUACCUAUCUGUCUUUGUAUUCUUGUCUCUUCACUUUAUAAACGAUUGCACCAAGGAA